CUCAAACUAACAUGAUUGCGUUAUUUUGCCAUUAGUUUAUUAAUUCAAUAAAUAUAGUGCAGCAUGAAAGUGCAUGUAGCUUUGGCUUGCAUAUAUCACUAUUUUAGGAAGCCAUGUUACAAUGGAUACCGUCUGCCGCCAAACCGCCUUCUCAAUUACGUGCUUUAUUCGUCGUUUUCUUCAUGCAUCCCAACGAUCUCUUUAAACCUUACCAGUUUACCAAUUUUUAUAAUGUGUGAAGUGUGGAAACGUCCGAUUAGGCACGUUUGCUUGGAAUUAAUAUGCAGGGGAAAGGGGUGAGGUGGCCGACAAUCCUGGUGUAUUCUACGGAAUAUGAUGAACAGCUCUAAUACUAGUCAAAGCAAUUCGGUAUCAGAUCAAAUCGCCAUGGUUGUGGGUUCACCGGGAGGCCUUUCUGGGGCGUCGGACGAUGAUGACGAUAACUGCCCAUCGUCGCCAGGUUCGGGAUAUGAAGAGACUACGGAUCUUAUGGCAGCUGCUAUGGGAGAUGAGGUUACGGCGCAGUUAGCCGCAGCAGGUCCAGUUGGAGUCGCUGCAGCUGCUGCUAUUGUGUCUGCGAAGAAGAGAAAACGACCACAUUCGUUCGAAACGAAUCCCUCGAUACGCAAACGUCAGCAAAAUCGGCUGUUACGAAAACUAAGACAAACAAUAGAUGAAUUUGCCACAAGAGUUGGACAACAGGCAGUUGUUUUAGUUGCUACACCUGGUAAGCCGAAUACGAGCUACAAAGUUUUUGGAGCAAAACCACUGGAAGAUGUAGUUAAGAACUUACGUUCAAUGGUAAUGGAAGAGUUGGAAAACGCGCUUGCACACCAAGCUCCCCCGCCUGUUCAAGAGGACCCCUCACUUUUCGAAUUACCCCCACUAAUAAUCGACGGUAUUCCGACGCCCGUUGAAAAAAUGACGCAAGCUCAACUUCGGGCGUUUAUUCCUCUGAUGUUAAAAUAUUCGACCGGACGUGGCAAGCCAGGCUGGGGACGGGAAUCUACAAGACCGCCGUGGUGGCCUAAGGAAUUGCCUUGGGCAAAUGUUAGAAUGGACGCACGGAGUGAAGACGAAAAGCAAAAGAUUUCCUGGACCCACGCUUUACGACAGAUAGUUAUCAACUGCUAUAAAUUUCACGGGAGAGAGGACUUAUUGCCUGCAUUUACAGAAGAGGACGAGAAAGCGAAUGCGGCCGCAACCGCUAAUGCAAAUCAGUCUUAUUUGCGGAAUGUACAAUCACGGAUACAUAAAACGGGCCUCGUUAAUAAACCAUUAAAUUUUAGAGACGGAAUGUGGCAUAUUGUCAAAGGGACACCUAACAUGGCGCAGAUUACGACACAGUAUGCGCCCGCCGUUUUACAUACAAUUACCAAUCCGGAUGGAACCGUUAGUAUUGUACAAGUUGACCCCAACAAUCCUAUUAUAACGCUACCUGAUGGCACGACUGCACAUGUCCAGGGCAUGGCUACACUGGUUAAAAAGAAUGUCGAUGAUGGACCAGACGGCGAUCAUCUUCUGUUAGAGAUCCAGUCUACGCCAGGUGAAACCAUUCAAACGAUCACGGAGGGCGGAGCUCAAGGGGAAGUGGUCGACUUAAAUUCGGUCACGGAAGCUACACUAAACUCGGAGGGCCAAAUUAUUUUAACUGGCGAGGAUGGUCAUGGUUACCCCAUUUCAGUGAGCGGUGUUAUCACAGUGCCGGUAUCGGCUUCCAUGUAUCAAACAAUGGUAGCAAACAUUCAACAUUUACAUACAAACAGUGAUGGCACUGUUUGUGUUACGCCGGUCGUUCAAGUACCAAAGGUUGAACCAAAUUCGGGCGACACUAUGGAAACAUUAACGGUUACUCCCGGAGGCUUAACGACUCAUUCCAUGAUGAUACAAAGUUCAGGCUCCGAUACUCCACAAGUUCUUCAAGUAUUAUCUCUAAAAGAUGCUACAGUUCUUACGAAGGCGAUCACAGGUAUUUCAGAUGUUAAGACAGAAGAAACUAUAUUAAGUGACCAAUAAAUAAUAAUUAUUAGUGGACUUUGCGUCACCAUAGAUGUGAUUUUAUUUUUCAUAGAAGCAUUUUUAUCAUUCGUUAUAAAAUUCUACUUUAAUUUUUAGAAAUGAAUUUUUUUAUUUAAUUUUAUUGGAUAGAAUGAGCUCUAAUUAUUUGCUAGUUCAAAUUAUUCGCUGUACCAUAUUGUACAUUAUUAUUGUUAAUUGAAGCACUGAUACGAUUACAAAACCCUCCGGAUCAAAUUUUUCUUUCUAAGGGCCUCGCCUCGUAAGUUCUAAUGCUAUACAACGAUGUUCACGAAUAACGCCCUUUAAAUUUAAUUGUUUUAGCUGUAGAAUGGGUUAGGAACUUGGUUUACCGUUUGAAUACACAUCUCUUCGAAGUUAUUCAAUUGUGAGUGAUCACGAUACUAUAAAUUGUAUAGUAGGGGGUAGAGUGGUUUUUUUUGCAUAGACGUUAAGUUGAGGCCAUAUGUAUCAAUGCGUUACAAAAUUGAACAUCACUUAUACAAAGAUUUUGACUUAAAAAAUCUUAUUACACCUUCCUUGUCAAUAUUGCAAACCUGCCAAAAUUUAGAAUCUCUUUUUACAUUUAUUAAUAGUAGCCAGCACAGAGGGCGUCUGUUAUUCUUGAACAUCUGUACACUUAACUAAAAAGUGUAAUGAACCACCAAAUGCAAAUGUUUUUUUUUUAAAUUAAAAAUGCGAGUGUAAAUCGUACAAUUUGCAAAUACCUAUACAUAUUGUACAGAACUAAUAGUGAUAUUGUAAAGUAAUUUUAUAAUUUACACAAUAAUUAGAGCUAUACCUAUGCAAUUAUGUUAUUUAUGCUGAUUGUAAUUGUGGACACGAUAAUUUUACAAAUGAAAUUUGUUAUGACUAAUGUAAUUUUAAACCUUUGUUUGAUUGUAUAUAGAUUUCUUAUUUAAUUUGUUUUAAUUGUAGAAUAAAGGAAUUUAAAAUGUUAUUCCGAAUUUUGGAAAUUGUAAUAACAGAUACUGAUGCCGCUGUUACUUACAAUUGAAACAGGGUUGUGUACCGGAAUUCAGUUUACAGAAUUUAGUCCCAAAUUUGUAGUACACUAAAACGAGAAUGUCUUUCAAGUGAAACUCAUUUUUUUGCCAGCAACAGGUCGCCGCAUCGACUCACUUAAUGAUGAUGAAUCUAUCAAAAUUUAUUUCGGAGGUGUAUCGCAAAGUCAAUUAAGUAACAUUUGAAGAUACGUAUUGUAAUAAUGAGUAAAUCAAUGAUGUAUUUUGAUCUUUAUAUGGCGUUUUCUUCCAUAUACAGGGCAAAGUAUAAGUUUUAGUAAUUUUAUAAACCGAUCUCCAGAUCAAUUGUAAAGCUGGACUUGGUUUAUAUUGUUUUAACAAAGGAGGUAGUAGAACUAUUUACUGUGUUAAUUAAUUUUAGUAAACUGUUAGUAUAGUGAAUGUGCACCGAGUAUUUGUUUGAAUAGUGGAAAGUGAUUUUGGUACAUGUUCGUGUGUGGUUCCUGCAAAGUGUGCCAUUUUUCUGUUAAAAAAUAUUUUAAUUAUCGCACUAAAUAUUCUUUACUCAUUUUUUAGUUUCACCUUGUAAUAAUUUAUCAUUACGAAUAUGAUGCACAAGGUACAAUUAUGGAAACACUACAUAAUUGUGCGCAGAUUUGUGUGAAUAUAAUCUCAGGAUUAUGGUAUUAUUUUGACUUUACAUUGUGAAAACAAUUUUCAGUUCUUUGUAUAUUGUUCUCUAUUUCUGCCCAUUGUAAAUAAUAUUUAGUUGUUUACUUCACACAAUUACUCCUUCUCAAGCUUAUUCAUUAAUGUAAAUUGAUAGGUUACAAUGCGUAAGUUAACGUGCCAAAGGCAUCCAUUUUCGUUUUCAAGUUGUUACCAACAUCUUAUAAUGAUGUCAUUAUUUAAAGUUGUACAUAAAUUUGGCAACCUUAUCAAAUAAUUUCGUUUUUAAUAGAAAAUGUAUUGUUUAAGUGGACUGUUAUUUGAUCACAAAUUGAAGUUCUAUAAUAUGCACAAUGAAUUGUCUUCUUGUAGGACAUUUUGACUUGGUACAAAGU